CCCUGCACGAGGCAUGCCGGAUAUUCAACGCAUACCGUACGAUAUCUGGCACCUCAUCUUUGAGCAUGUCUGCACCGACGGCGGAUACUCAGGGUGCGCGCUCGCGAGGACGUCCAAGGCCUUCCGCGCGCUUUCAGCUUCAACACGAUUCCAUUCCCUGACGCUGGCCAGUGUCACUGGGGUGAAGAACUUCCUCGUUUGCCUCGAGCGCAUCCGCCACUUUGAGCGUGCGCGCUGCAGCAGCGCCGCCAGCGAGCAGGCGACCACCGACGCGGGCAGCCCGAAUCCCAUCCACAACCUGCUGUUAUCGUUCCUCCCGGACGGAUGCGAUGCGCCGCAGCGCGCGUUCCGGAAAUGGACAGACUAUGCGCGCGACGAGCGCGCGCUCGUCCAUCAGCUCGCGAACGACCACAAGGCCUGGGCCGUCCAAAAGGCGCACUGGAACCGCGAGUUCGUCCUCCACGUCUCGCGCCUCCUCCAGCUCGCCGCGCCGACCCUGCGCUCGCUCGCGAUCUUCCAGUGCGGCGAAAUACGGCUGCCGCUCGUGCACUACCACCAUCACUUCCCCCUGCUGCGCGAACUCACGCUUCUGGCGGACGACAGGAUGUUCGUGCGCGUGCCCGGCGGGGGCGCGCUGAUCAACGGACAGAACGAUCCCUCAGACUUCGACUAUUACCACGUGCCGACGGACCCGCCAGCAGAUCCGCCCUUUCCUGCGCUCACGCACAUGCACGUCGUCUUCGCUGGGCCGAAGCUGCACCCAUGGGACAAGACGCUUCCGCUGUGGGUUGGGAUAGCGCCCUCUGUGACGCACCUGCGGAUUUCGCAAGGGAACACGCGCGUACCGUCCCUGCUGGGGGAGUUGCUGGGAGUGCCGCCUCUGCCAAAGACAACUGAGGACGGAGAGCAGGAGCUCGCCGAAGGUCCAUCGCGGGAUAGGGAACCGUCUUACCCCAGCCUACAGACCAUCAUCGUGCAGAUGUCCAGCGCGCGCAAAACGAACGCCGCUGAGGACCCGGCUCUGCGCGAGCUGCAGCGCGUCGCGGAUGUCUUGGCUGUCGAAGAGGUCCACGCGCCACGAGUAGCCAUCCUCCGCAGUCGAUCGUAUAUGCCCGGGUACUGGGAAAGCAGACUCAAGUGGGAGUGGCAGAUCCGCAUGGUUGGAGGGGGCGGUUGCUGGAUGGAGGACGAGGAGCAUGAGUGUGUUUGGAAGGACUUCCACGAUGAAGAUUCGCAGAAGAAGGGGAAGAAAGGAAAGACGAAGGUCAGUAUCAGGGAGAGGCUGGAAGGGAGCUCCGACAGCAGUGGGGUUGAGGGGGAGAGGCAGGGGAAGAAGUGGUGGAAGGUGCUCGCCAAUGGCAUGCCAAAGUUGAACAGAAAGCGCAGCAUACCCUCAUCCUAUCCUAUGGAUUGCUUCCCUAUCGACAUCUGGAACGAAGUCUUUCGGUAUGCAUGCACAGAUGGCGGCCAUACCGGCGCAGCGCUCGCGUUGACGUCCCUAUGCUUCCGAGCAACGUCUGCACCAUUCCGUUUCCAUUCGGUCAAGCUCAGCAGUCUCGCACAGAUUGCAAACCUACUUCUUUGCCAUGAACGCAUACACAGUCGGUCCUCGUCCCGCCUCCGUCCCGGCGACACCUCGCGCAGCCAUACACAACAUAGCCGCGCGGCCCUAGACGCCUCCCACCUGCUGCUCGCCUUCCUUCCCGGGGAGUGCGAUGCCCCAGAGCGUCGGUGGCGUGCCUGGUCAGAAUACUCAAGAGGAAAACGCAAACUGCAGAACGAGUUAUACCAGGACGAGCAGGCCUGGGAGAACUCGAAGGCUGCAUGGGACCGCCAAUUCGAGUACCUCGUUCCGCGCCUCUUCCAGCUUGUCGGGCCGACGCUCGAGACGUUGACUAUCUUGAUGCACUCCGACAUCGUGCUUCCGUAUGUCGGAGGUCACUUCCCCAAGCUUCGCGAGCUGUCUCUGCUCGCGGACGACCGCCUCUUCGUACGCCCGGAGCCGCAGUGGACCACGGCGGUAGGCACUUUCGACCACGAGGAGCUAGCGAGGUUCUGGAACCACGCCAUACAUUCGCCACCGUUCCCCACGCUCACGCACCUCCAUAUCGUAUAUGAGGGCCCGAAGCAGAUUCCUUGGGAGAGAACGCUGCCAUUGUGGGGAAAACUCGCGCCCGAGGUGACGCACAUCAGAGUGUCGCAGGCGAGCAAGCUAAUGCCGGAGGUGCUGGAGGGCAUUGCGACGAAGUCCUUCGCGCAGGUGCAGGCGAAGGCGGAGGCGACGGCGACCGGAUCGCCAGACCACCGGAAACGAGUGUCAUUCCCCAAGCUGCGUCGAGCGAUUGUGCAACCCUUUGUGCUCGAGCCAAUGUAUGAGGAGCUCUGCUACCAGAUCCUUGAGAAGACGGGGUUACGUGACGAAGGCUACAGCAUAGAGUACAAAGGGAGCGCGUGA